AUGGAUACUUUCCCUUAUUUACUGCCUACUUACUUUGUUAAGGAAUCUUCGUUUACCUUAGCAUCGGCAGUUGGGAAACCUUUGUUAUUAGACAUGGCUACUAUUAAUAAAACCAGGCCUAAUUGUGCUAGGGUAAAGGUACAACUGGAUUUAUUAUUAGAUCUUCCUAAGUUUGUUAUGAUGGAGAUUAAAGAUGACCAAACCAAGGAAGUAAAUGUUAUGAAAGUGAAGAUUCAGUAUGAUCAUUUGCCUAAGUAUUGUACUGAAUGUAAGUUACAAGGCCAUGCAAAGAAAGAGAGUAGAGUGUUACAUCCUGAGUUGAAGGUAGAAAAGAAAGAGGAUGUUAAUGAAGGAGAGGCAGAAGUGAAAAAACUGAGGAAGUGA